AUUCUAAUUAAUUGAGGAGUUUAUGAUUGUACCGCUGUCUACCAAGAAUUUCCGUAACUGUGGAGCAGGAAAAAAAGCUUGUGCUUGUUAGGGGUAUCUCUUCCUCGGCAUUUUCUGAAAAUAAGGUCCGUGGUUGUGUCCUGCCGAAUUCCAAACUUAAAAGCUCCCGCGAAAUCCAACGCUCUAUAAGCGCGGGCAGUGGAUAUAAGAAGAAAAGAGGGGGAAGCCAGUGAGUGAGACGUUACGUCUUCAUGCUUGCCCUACCCUCUGGACACUGCGCUACACUAAUACAGAAUUCCAGUAGAAUUUGUGCUUUGAUUAAUCUGUGCUAUUCUACUGCUAAUUUGGAACCACACCCACUUCCCAAUCCCAUUGCUCUAGCAUCACGGAACCUCAAUUCUCUAAGAAAAUGCAAACAAUUCCACGCUUUGGCGGUUGUCCUGGGGCUCUCUCAAGACGUUUUCGUGGCUACCAAGGUCAUCUCUUCUUACUCCUAUUGCGAAAAUCCGGUCGCCGCUCGUCGACUGUUCGAUUCGGUUCUCCGAAAGAAUGUUUGUGUCUACAAUUCUAUGAUAAGUGGAUAUGCUAGAACUGGGUUUGUUGAUGAACCCGUUUGUUUGUUCCGUGAGAUGAGAGCCUGCGGUUUGGAGCCUGACCACUAUACCUAUGCUUCAGUGAUGAAGGUUUUCAGUGAAGUCCAGGAUUUGGAUGGUGGGAGAGGUAUUCAUGGACUGAUUGUCGCCAGUGGAUUUGAUUUGGAUACCGUUGUCGCAAAUUCAGUGAUGAGCAUGUACUGUUCUUCGGGGAGUUUAGCCAACGCACAGCAGUUGUUUGAUGAAAUGUCUCACAGGAAUUUGGUGUCCUGGAAUAUUCUGAUUGCAGGAUAUACGAACUGCUAUGAUGGUGUCACUGUGUGGAACUUGGUGAGGCAGAUGCUGGUAGAGGGAAUCAAGGUCGAUGAUUUCACUUUGGCGAGUUUGUUUGAUUUAUGCGGGAAUUCCGAGCACUUGAAAUUUGGAUUAGAGAUUCACGGUUUUAUUAUUAGGAAUUUGUUGAUGUUUGAUGCUCAUGUUAGUUGUUGUUUGCUCAACAUGUACGCAAAGUGUGGUAGGUUGGAGACGGCUAGGCGGGUGUUUGAUCACAUGGAUAAAAGAAACGUCGUUUCUUGGACUGCGAUGGCAUCAUGUUAUGCUCAGGGAGGGGACAGGAAAGAAUGUCUGCAGAUUUUCCGCCUAAUGCAACUCAUGGAUGGUUUGAAACCCAACCGUGUCUCUCUAGUAAGUGUCCUCCCUGUCUGUGCAUCUCUGGGUGCUUUACUAAAAGGGAAGCAGAUUCAUGGUUUUUCUCUUAGACAUGCAAUGAAUUCAGAUGCUUCUAUGUGUAAUGCAUUAAUAGACAUGUAUUGGAAAUGUGGGAGAUUGGAUUAUGCAGAAAGUGUUUUUCAUCACACUUCACAGAAAGAUGUGAUUUCUUGGAGCUCAAUGAUUUCUGGUUACGGGUUUCAUGGACAUGCAGAGGAAGCUUUUACUUUAUAUGAUAAAAUGCUGAAGCUGGGAAUCAGACCAGUCCACCUAACAUUUCUAGGUAUUAUAUCAGCAUGUAGUAGAUGUGGACUUAUUGAUAAAGGAUUCGAGUAUUAUAAUUCAAUGACGUUAGAUUUUGGAACUAUUCCUUCUUUAGAGAUUUCUUCAUGUAUGAUUGACAUGCUAGGAAGAGAUGGGCAGCUUGAAAGAGCCCUGGAGUUCAUAGAAUCUAUGCCUGUAGACCCUAGUCCUAGCAUGUGGGGUGCUCUAUAUGAUGCUUCUAGGCGUCAUGGGAACCUUGAGAUUGGAAAUAUGAUCUCAGCAAUGCUUUUAAAAAUGGAACCAGGAAAUCCAUCAAACUACAUUGCUCUUUCCAACACUUGUGCAGCUUCUGGGCAAUGGGAUGAUGUUAUUGAAGCGAGAAGAGAAAUGAGAGAGAGGCAUUUGAGGAAAGUUCCUGGCUAUAGUUGGAUUGCAGUUAAUGGUUAGACCUUUUCUCUGUUCUACUGCAGAGGUAUACUUGUGUUGGGUCGUAGCUGAGCAUCUCUAGACCAUCUCACUAGAGAUUAAGAAUCUACUUAUAUCACAGGGUGACACCAGAGAACAGCUUGACUCUAUGUUGCUUUGUGCUGGCAUCAGAUAGCUUCAAUUGAAGACCUAUGAAGAUAGAAGCUGUGUACCAAGAUUGCUCGAGGCAAGCUUGCUGGACAUAUUUUUUUUUCUCUGAUGAGUACUCCAAUGUUUAUACUUAAACACCUGCACUCUUGACGGGCAAAUCUCGGUGAGCCCCUGACUGCCUUUGCCUUAUGAAGACAACAUCAUGGGAAAACUCAGGGUGCUGGCCAAGUUGGGACUUUAGCCAGGUUCUUCAUCCCAACUCCCUUGAUUAACAUUUAAAGGUGACAAUUUGAGUCUUGCAGAGGACUUUUAUCUAGCCCGGGUGAUCAUGGGACAUUCACAUGGGUAAAAAAGUUGGCCUCUGAUACUGAAUGCUAUAUAACUGUAAAGUAGACUGUCUUGUGUACAUGUUGGGCUUGUUACCUCAAGAUCUCUUGUAUUACUGUUGUCUUGGCUGUCUGGAACUAAAGAAUGCAUAAUUUAGCACAGACAAGAGCAACAGAGUCUCUCUUCCAUUUUCUCCUGUGCUAGAAAUUAAAAAGUCCGCCUUCAUGUCCCUAGCGUAUCCAAUAUUUGAUGUCUUUAUCGGUUGGUUUGACUGUUUCUGUGGGAUUCUUAUCAACAUUGUGACAGCAAACUCGUUAUCCAUUGGGUGUCAUCUAUUCUUUUCA